UUUUCAUACACUAAAUGUUUCUCGUCUCUUCUCUUCUGCUCAACUAUAUACAUUUACAUAGCAUAUCAAUUCAAACAAACUAGCUAUUCCACUUACAAGUAGGAAGAAAUAAGCCUCACCCACCACCAUGACCAGCAUCAUGUAUCCAAAACUUGGCGGUUUGGGGAAGAGAAUUAGACUUCACCAGCCAGAACUGCCCCUCGAAAUGCCAUCUGUUUAUCGAGUUCAGAAAGUCCAUACAGAAACACAAGCAAAUUGGUUAGGACGAAAGCAUGUUCACACAUUCAGUAUUGGAAGUAUGGUUAGAAAUCCUCAAGCUGUGGCUUCUGAGCUUUCCACCACCGAACCUGCAGAGGCUCCAACUCUCAACAAUGAUGGUGAAAAGAUGCUAGCAAACUACGUGCCGGUCUUUGUGAUGCUUCCUCUGGGAGUUAUUACACUUGACAAUGUCUUGGAAAACAAAGAUGAGCUUGACAAACAGCUCAAGGAGCUGAGAGCAGCAGGUGUUGAUGGGGUCAUGUUGGAUGUCUGGUGGGGGAUCGUAGAAUUGGAAGGCCCUAAGCAGUAUGAUUGGACUGCGUACAGGAGCUUGUUUCAACUGGUUCAACAACGUGGAUUGAAAUUACAAGCCGUAAUGUCUUUCCACCAAUGUGGUGGCAACAUAGGAGAUAUUGUGACCAUCCCACUUCCCCAGUGGAUUCUUGAUGUUGGAGAAUCAGACCCUGACAUCUUUUACACUAAUCGAGCAGGUAACAGGAACAAAGAGUACCUCACACUAGCGGUGGACAACCUGCCUCUCUUUGCAGGGCGAACUGCUGUUGAGAUCUAUAGUGACUACAUGAAGAGCUUCAGAGAGAACAUGUCAGAUUUCUUUGAAUCCGGACUGAUAUCAGAAAUUGAAGUAGGGCUUGGUCCAGCAGGGGAGCUCAGGUACCCCUCUUAUCCAGAAAGUCAAGGAUGGGCUUUUCCUGGUAUUGGAGAAUUUCAGUGCUAUGAUAAAUAUAUCAAAGCAGAAUUCAAGGAGGCUGCAACUAAUGCAGGGCACCCUCAAUGGAACUUGCCAGAUAAUGCAGGAGAAUAUAAUGACAAACCCGAAUCAACAGGGUUCUUCAAGUCAGAAGGGACAUACCUUACUGAAGAAGGGAAGUUCUUCUUGACUUGGUAUUCUAACAAGUUACUGAGCCAUGGUGAUCAAAUACUUGAUGAAGCCAAUAAAGCUUUCCUGGGCUGCAAAGUCAAGUUAGCAGUCAAAGUAGCUGGAAUCCAUUGGUGGUAUAAAGAUGAUAAUCAUGCUGCGGAGCUAACUGCAGGAUACUACAACUUGAAAGAUAGAGAUGGGUACAGACCCACAGCAAGAAUGUUGUCCAGGCAUUAUGCAGUUUUGUGCUUCACAUGUCUUGAAAUGAGGAACUCUGAACAAAGCACUGACGCCAAAAGUGGACCUCAGGAACUUGUUCAGCAGGUUUUGAGCGGAGGAUGGAGAGAGAAUAUCGAUGUUGCAGGUGAAAAUGCACUUGCAAGAUACGAUCGUGCGGCUUAUAAUCAAAUUCUCUUAAACGCUAGGCCAAAUGGUGUCAACAGAAAUGGUCCACCAAAAUUGAGGAUGUCUGGGGUGACAUACCUGCGUUUAUCAGAUGGUCUUCUAGACGGGAAGAACUUUAGGAUAUUCAAAACAUUUGUGAAGAAAAUGCAUGCUGAUCAGGACUACUGUCCAGAUCCUGAAAAGUAUAACAGACCUGAAGUACCCUUGGAGCGGUCAAGACCAAAUAUUCCAAUUGAGGAUCUUCUGGAAGCAACUGAACCAAUGAAUCCAUUCCCAUUUGACAAAGAAACAGACAUGAGCGUUGGUGGUUCACUCGCUAAUUUGUUGGACAAUUUGAUUGGCAAGAUCACUUCUAUAUUUAAGUAGGACCAGAGGAGGAUAGGAAAAUAAUACAAUUCAAAGAUCAGAAGAGUUGCCAGAGUCUAGAAGCUAUUAAAAUGUUUUUAUAUGAUGUGUCUGAACAAAUUCAGGUCUUUGUUUUUAAAUAAAAGAGUUUGCAUUUCCCAUUUCCA